UGCAGAACAGGAGGCAGAAGAGGAGGGAAUGGCAGCUUCUCAGGGACGGCUGACCUUCCGGGAUGUGGCCAUAGACUUCACUCAAGAGGAGUGGGAAUGCCUGGACCUCGGUCAGCGGGACUUGCACAGGGAGGUGAUGUUAGAGAACUAUGGGAACCUGGCCUCCUUGGGUCUUGUGGCCUCUAAGCCGAACCUGGUCACCUUUCUGGAGGAAUUGAACGACCCCAGGAGUAUAAGGAGAAUGGACACAGCAGCCAUACACCCAGGAAGGAAAUCUUUCAAAUGUACAGAAUGUGGCAAAACAUUUGUCCGUCGCUCACUUCUUACCCAACAUCAGCUUACUCACACUGGAGAGAAAUGUUAUAAAUGUUCAGAAUGUGGCAAAGCCUUUAUUGCGAGUUCAAAUCUUAGUAAACAUCACCGAAUUCAUAUGGGGGAGAAGCGUUAUAAGUGUCCAGAAUGUGGGAAGACCUUCAUAAACAGUUCUGCACUUACUAGACAUCAGCGAAUUCAUACUGGGGAGAGACCGUAUAAGUGUAUAGAAUGUGGCAAAGGCUUUAAUCAGAAGAUCCAUCUUACUACACAUCUGCGAGUUCAUACUGGAGAGAAACCUUAUAAAUGUACAGAAUGUGGCAAAGGCUUUAAUCAGAAGAUCAAUCUUACUGAACAUCUGCGAGUGCAUACUGGGGAGAAACCAUAUAAAUGUACAGAAUGUGGCAAAACCUUUAAUCAGAAAUCAAUUCUCACUAAACAUCUGCGAGUUCAUUCUGGAGAGAAACCUUAUAAAUGUACAGAAUGUGGCAAAGCCUUUAAUCAGAACUUCAAUCUUACAACACAUCUGCGAGUUCAUACUGGAGAGAGACCGUAUAAAUGUACAGAAUGUGGCAAAGCCUUUAGUCAGAAAUCAGAGCUUACUUGACAUCAGCGAAUUCAUAGUGAACAGCGACCUUAUCACUGUACAGAGUGUGGCUGAGCCUUUUUUCAGAGUUCAAAUUUAAUUGCACAUCAUCGAAUCCACACUGGGGAGAAAGCAUGCCAAUGUACAGAAUGUGGCAAAGCCUUUAAUCACAAAUCAGUUCUCAGUAAUCAUCUGCGAGUGCAUACUGGAGAGAAACCGUAUAAAUGUACAGAAUGUGGCAAAGCCUUUAAUCAGAAAUCAAUUCUUACUACACAUCUGCGACAAAUUCAUACUGGAGAGAAACCUUACAAAUGUAAGCAAUGUGGCAAAGCCUUUAGUCAGAGCAGUGAUCUCACUCAACACCUGAGAGCACACACUGGAGAGAAGCCCUAGGAAUGAAACAAGUGAUGGAAGAGGUUUGCCCUAAACAUACAUCAGAAAGCACGAGAGUUUAUACAAGAAACAUAUGGAAAUAAUGUAACCAGUAUGUGCACAUGUAUUUCAUCAAAACACAAAUCUAAAUACAUAUCAGAGACUGAAAGGUAGUGAGGAUUUCAUCAAUCCUGUUUUCUGAACUUCCUCUGAAGGAGAAUUACUAUGGAGAGUAAUGCAUAAUUACAACAGAUAGAAAGUGAAUAUGUUCGUAGGGGUCACAAGAUGAAGGGUUGAUGGUUAGAAA